CGACCUACCUAUCUUGCCUUGGGCGCUUCGACGAACUAACCCAGCGUACCUAUCUCGCUGCUCUCUGUCUCCGCCAACGCCCAGCCCAGCCAAGCCCAAACUGCGUCUUUCUCGAAGGCCUUCACAGACACGACACCCCGCCAUCCCGAGCGUCAUCCGCGUGCGGCUUGAUGCCAAGGGUCCCUUGACGGCCUACGUCCAAACCAGCGGCUCUCCUCCCUUGGCGCCUCCUCCCAUGCGACGACAGGCUCCGCGAGGACACCGACUCAGGAGGUGAUUGAACCUCUCCCAACUCCGACUUCUCGACAACUGCCUCCAGUCGCGCCGCCCGAGCCGUGGUGCCCGUAUGCCCAUGAUAACGCCAACAACCUUCAAGAACCCAUUUGACAGCCAAGCCAGGAAUCUGGACAGGCUCCCGUUGGCGUCUUGGCCUCCGCUGAGGUCCCUCCCCAGCCGUCGAUGAUGACCUCAUCUCGACCCCGCGGCGAUGUUGGCGGCAGCUUCGCUAGCAGACGCGGUCACACAAGUCAACUCUCCAUCUCCGACCCCAGCCAUCAUGUUACCGAGGCUAUCGGCACCCUCUACGGUGAGGACGACGACUCGGGAUCUGAAGGAGGCCGGCCGCUGAGCUUCAUCGGUGGAUCGCCUUAUCAGGAGCAUCUCCCGCGGCCUACGCAACAAGAUGACUUCCUAUCGCCCGAUCGUUUGUCGCCCGACCCCCGGAAGCCACUCACACGCUCCGUUACGGAACCCCUUGAUAUGAUGUCAAUGAAUGGUGAAUAUGGCGUCAAAACAUCUCAGCCACUCCCGAACAGGGGCAUGAGCAACCGAAGUAACUCGUUCGAACAAGCCCCCAAGUCGCCCCUCUCCCCGACUCUAUCAUUGCGCGAUGUUCAAGCCGAUUCCUCAAACUCGCCGUUUUCUCUACCCAACAUCGAACACCCAAACGACAUUGCCCAGGAACUCAGCAACCUGCAAGCGCUAAGGCGUCUGUCGAUGGAUGUUGGAAACAACAAGGAUCCCGAUAUGCCUCCAAUGUCCCUCAUGGCAAUGCCUGCGAUAGCCCCCAGCGGCGACGACGACGAAAACGACCCCUCGAGGCUUCUAUGGGUGCCCGCGCGGGUACAUCCGGAACUUGCGCCAGGAGAGUUCAAGUCUUUUCUGGAGAAAAGAGUUCACUCGAUUCGACGAAGGUCUGGUGACUCUUUUCUCUCCGUGGACGGUGAUUCUAGCCAGAGCGACUCGGGUGGAGGACUGAGACGAAAGAAAUCGAUGCUGUCCCGCCAGAUCGACAACUCUGGCGGGCGAGGAGCUGUUGGCUAUGUCGAUGGUGCCGACGCACUGGACAGGCGGCGAUCCCGAGGAAGUUAUCAAAGCCAUGAACUCAGCCUUGACGAACUUGUGAAGGAUCCUACCAAGGCCGUGCAGAAGCUCACACAAGACUCCCAGGGGUCAGCAGGCCCGGAGGGUAGCGUCGAUGACAUGCCAAUUCUCCCGGUGGCACCGGGAAUGGGUCUCCGUCGUUCUACUCGCACAACAUAUCGUAAGGGUGGAAGUAUUCGUUCCGGCGAGAGGACACCCUUCUCUAAGCGCGCAGUAAAUCGUAACUUUGAUGGUGAAUCCGCUGAAUCAGGUUCCACAUCUCCGCUUGAAGCACCCCCAGGCCACGGCCUCUCAAGAGUACAAUCAGAACCACUGGCAGAUAAUUACUCACGGCCGAAUCGCUCCGUGAGGAGACAGAACAAGUUUUCUCAAGAAUCACUUGGGGGCUUUGAUCCCUUUGAUGGAGCGUCGCAGGAGUCAAGCGCUCCCCCCCCUGCCGAGACAUUUCAGGAUCAGCUACCGGUUCGAACAUCAUCAACAUCAUCUGUGCCAAUCAUCGAGACCUCCACCCCCGAAGAGCCGGCUGGCACUGAAGACGACUCGCUCUCGAGGUCUUUCCCUCAAAGAUCAUCCUCUCAAGCGGCCCUUGAACAGGAGCCGACGGUCGACGAGCCUCCCCCACGAUCCAGCCGGCGCAACGCAAGUCGCCAGACCGUCCCCCAAUCAUCGCCUCAGCAAUAUACUUCCCGAUCCUCUUAUCCACAAGGACAAUCCCUGAAUGACAACCUAACGGCAAACCCUGCGCCUCUUCCAGGUGGCGGCGCCGCCCGUACCGAUAGCCUGACAUUCAUCCCGACGAUUACUCAGGAGGAGAAGAAACCUGACAAGAAAUCCAAGAAGGAUCGGGACGAUGACUCGAGCAGCGUGUCUACGAAAUCGAGCAGCGCUUGGAAAUGGUUCAAGAGCGGAGCGGAUGACAAGGAGAAGAAGAAGGAAGAGAAUAAGAAGUCGAAGACCAAGUCACUGGUCGAAAAGGCUCAGGACAACGUGAGGUUGGAUGUGAUACAAACAUCUAUCGACAAGAACGGCACGAAGGGUCGCGAAAGCCUAAUCAUGGAGCGCGAGAACACGGACAGCAAGCUUCAGGAGGAGCGGAAGAAGGAAAGCCACCGCAAGAGUGAUGCUAAGAAAGAAAAGGAUGGGAACAUCUUCUCGUCUAUAUUCGGUGGAAGCAAGAAGAAGGAAGAGAAGGAGAAGCACUCGAAGAAGACUCACCACCUCAAAGUCCCCGAAGAACCGGCGUAUAAACCCAUGGUGCCGGAUGUGGACUACCACUGGACAAGAUUCCCCCUUUUGGAGGAGAGAGCUAUUUACCGAAUGGCUCACAUCAAACUGGCCAACCCACGCCGAUCGCUCCUUAGCCAGGUCCUACUCAGCAACUUCAUGUACAGUUAUCUUGCCAUUGUGCAAGCUAUGCACCCACAGAUGAACGUACCACUAUCGCCUCAACAAAAGCGUCUUGAAGAGGAAGCUCGACGAAAGCAGCAGGAACAGGAGUACUUGGAGCAACAGCAAAUGCAGGAGGGUCAGGACUCACAAGAAGCCAUUGACAAUUAUAACUUCGACUACCAUCGGGCGGCGGUGCAAUACGCAGAAUCUGGCGGCAACGACGAGGUGGAUUAUGUUGACGAUGCUCAGAUAUACGAGGAUGAGCACGGAAAUGAUCACAACAAUGGCUACAACUACGACGGGUCUGACGGCUAUGGUCAGGGAUCAAAGGAAUACUAUCAAUAUCACGACAAGGGGGGGGAUGAUCGCCGGCACGACGGACGGGACGGGCGGGACGGGCGGGACGAUAUGUGGUGA